UAAUGCACUUAGGUGCACGUGUUAUUCACUCUUCUCUCGGUAUAUACCAAUUUCCGGCCAGUUUUGUGAGAAUUGUGACUCGUUGUUACUCCUAUUCUGUUGCAGAAAUGUCGAUUGAUAGGAAGAGUACAGCCAAGGUUGAUUACCUAAAGGAGAUAGAAAAGCAGGUCCAAAAGAGAUGGGCUGAGAAUAAAACCUUUGAAGUGGACUCUCUUCCUCCUGGAUCACCAGAUGCAAAGAAAGAAAAGUUCUUUUGUACAUUUCCGUAUCCUUAUAUGAAUGGAAGACUUCAUCUUGGACACACAUUUACCCUUUCAAAGGCUGAGUUUGCUAUUGGUUACCAACGGCUGAAAGGCAAGAGAUGUCUUUUUCCAUUUGGACUACACUGUACAGGCAUGCCCAUCAAGGCCUGUGCAGACAAGCUGAAGCGUGAAAUGGCUGAUUUUGGAUUUCCUCCAAAGUUUCCUGAAAAAGUUGAAAAAGAGGAGUCAAAACAGAUGAAAAGCAAGGUUGCAGCCAAGACAGGUGGUUUGGAGUAUCAGUGGCAAAUUAUGCAAUCACUUGGAUUGAGUGAUGAAGAAAUAAAAAAGUUUGCUGAAGCUGAUUACUGGUUACAUUAUUUUCCACCUUUGGCAAAAUCUGAUCUGCAAAAUAUGGGAUUGAAGGUGGACUGGAGACGGUCAUUUAUCACCACUCAUGUCAAUCCAUACUACGACUCCUUUGUAAGGUGGCAUUUCUGGACCCUUAAAGAUGGUGGGAAAGUCAAGUUUGGCAAAAGGUACACAAUUUUCUCCCCUAAGGAUGGCCAGCCCUGCAUGGACCAUGACCGACAGACAGGAGAGGGAGUAGCACCUCAGGAAUACACUGGAAUCAAAAUGAAGAUCUGUGAACCAUUCAAAGGGAAACUAAGUGCACUGACUGGAAAGAACGUCUUUCUAAUGGCUGCUACACUGAGACCAGAAACCAUGUAUGGACAAACAAACUGUUGGGUUCAACCAGACAUCAAGUACAUUGCCUUUGAGACGAACAUUGAAAAUGAAAUCUAUAUAAGCACCCGACGAGGAGCAAGGAACAUGUCUUAUCAAGGGUUCACCCCAAAGGAAGGAGUGGUCAAUGUUGUGUUAGAGCUGACUGGACAGGACAUCAUGGGAAUUCCUUUGGAUGCACCGCUCACACAUCACAAAGUUGUUUACACUCUCCCCAUGUUGACCAUCAAAGAAGACAAAGGUACCGGUAUUGUGACGUCAGUUCCCUCGGAUGCCCCGGAUGAUUACGCUGCUCUCAGAGAUGUCAAAAACAAAGCGGCAUUCAGACAGAAAUAUGGUAUUACAGAUGAGAUGGUUCUACCAUAUGAACCUAUUCCCAUCAUCCAGGUCCCUGGUUACGGGGACCUCUGUGCGGUAAAGGCCUGUGACGACCUCAAGAUAAAGAGCCAGAAUGAUAAGGACCUGCUGACAGAAGCCAAAGAGCUCACCUACAAGAAAGCCUUUUACGAGGGAACAAUCAUUGUUGGGGAAUAUGCUGGUCAAAAAGUUCAAGACGUGAAGAAACUUGUGCAGAAGAAAAUGUUAGACAGCGGUGAGGCACGGAUCUACAUGGAGCCAGAGAGGAAGGUCAUUUCGCGGUCAGCGGAUGAAUGCAUUGUUGCUCUUUGCGACCAGUGGUUCCUGGAUUAUGGCGAUGAAUCCUGGAAAAAUACUGCGCGGGAAUCUCUGGAAACUUUGAACACAUACGCGGAGGAAACCAGACGCAACUUUGAAGCCACCUUGGACUGGAUUCAGGAGCAUGCGUGUUCAAGGUCUUAUGGUCUCGGCACUCGUUUACCUUGGGACGAACAGUAUUUGAUUGAGUCGCUGUCUGAUUCCACCAUUUACAAUGCUUACUACACAGUCGCGCAUCUGUUGCAAGAGGGCUCCUUUGACGGUUCUGCCGGCGGGCCCCUAGGAAUCAGGGCGGAACAGAUGACUAGAGAGGUGUGGGAUUAUGUGUUUUUUAAAGAUGCACCUUUUCCUCAAACAGACAUCUCAGAGGAUAAAUUGAAAAAACUUCGUCAAGAAUUCCAGUACUGGUACCCAGUAGACUUACGUGUGUCUGGGAAAGAUCUGGUGCCAAAUCACUUGACAUUCUUCCUGUACAAUCACUGCGCUGUGUGGCCAAACGAGAAAGACAAGUGGCCUCGAAGCGUGAGGGCCAAUGGACACUUGUUACUCAACUCUGAGAAGAUGUCGAAAUCGACUGGAAACUUUCUUACUCUGAAACAAGCUGUUGAAAAGUUUUCCGCUGAUGGCAUGCGCCUGGCCCUGGCUGAUGCUGGAGACACAAUGGAAGAUGCAAACUUUGUAGAGUUGAUGGCUGAUGCAGGAAUCUUACGUCUGUUCACUUUCCUCGAGUGGACAAAGGAGAUGCUUGCCAGCAAAGAUUCUCUGCGCAAGGGGCCUGCAACAUGUUACGAUGAUCGAGUGUUUGAAAGCUCCAUCAACAAAGCUAUAGAAGAUUCUGAUACAAACUAUAAGAACAUGAUGUACAGAGAGGCACUCAAAACGGGCUUCUAUGAACUGCAGGCAGCAAGGGACCGAUACCGGGAGGGCUGUAUGAUGGGCAUGCAUAAAGACCUUGUGUUUCGGUUCAUCGAGGUUCAAACCCUGUUGCUGUGUCCCAUCUGCCCACAUCUUGCCGAGCAUCUCUGGGAACUCAUCGGCAAGACCGGUAGUAUUAUGGAUGCAUCAUGGCCGGCAGUUGGAAAGGUGGAUAUGCCGUUGCUGAAGUCAGCGGACUACUUAGCUGAUCGCACUCACGAGUUCCGUUUGAGAAUUAAAACCAUGAUGAACCCAAAGGGAAAAAAGAAAGAUGCAGCUCCACCCAAGAAACCCACUCAUGGUAUAAUCUACGUGGCCAGCUCUUAUCCACCUUGGCAGCAUGUCACCCUUACCACACUGAAGGAAAUGUACGUCAAGCUGGGGGGGAACUUCCCGGAUAACAGGGAUAUUAUGACUCGGAUGAAAGAACUACCGGAAAUCAAGAGCGCCAUGAAGAAGCUGAUGCCAUUUGUACAACAUGUCAAGGAAUGUGUAGAACGUGACGGUCCGUCGGCCUUGGAGACAACUCUACCGUUUGAUGAAAGACAAGUUCUUGAGGAGAACAACGCAUUUCUUUCAAAAGCUCUCGAACUGGUUAGUGUGGAAAUCAAGCCAUCAAGUGAAGCUGACAAAAGAGUUCAGGAGGACUGUGCACCAGGAAAACCAUUCUCGGUCUUCACAGCACAGGAGAGUCAGACAAAUGGUGUAUGUGGUUCUAGUGGCGCCGUAGAGUUAACAGAUAAAUCUCCCAUCCCAUCUGAGAAACAACCGUCCCCAGUUUGCCGAUUUGUUAAUGUCAAACUAUGUGGAGUUGAACCGGCCCAAGGUGCCAAGGGAAAUCAAGCCACAGUGCUGCUAGAGAACCCACAAGGACAGUACCUGUUAAACUUGGACCAACUCACACGCGAGGUUGCGGCGGUUUUCGGUCUUAGAGGAAGAAAACUUACACUGUCGGCAUCGGCCAGCUGUGAUUCACCCCUGACCAGUCAAGACGUCAUGAAAUACAGUGGACAGUGCCUUUACGCUUUUAUUGCGAAGAAUUAACACGAUGAAAAUGCGGCGGCGCAUUAUGGUGCCAAAAUCAAGGUGCUUCUCAGCGAAGUAAAACGAAUUUAAAAUUCCAUAGGAAUGAACUUUUAAUUUUAGAUCACUUUGAGUAUUACGGCCUAACUCCCUGUAAGUAGUUUCUAUGGAGAAUAUAGGAAAGGAGCUUUCUCUCUCUUACACUUUUUCUGUCGAUGUCUUCACACUUCCCCUCCCCGCUUCAGACAAAUUACAAUUGAAGUGGGAUGGGAGGGGAUCUUGGUGAAAUUUUGCUGUUUAAAUUGGCCUUAAUAUAUUGAAAUUCAAACUGAUUCGAACUCUCUUUAACAAUAAUUACAAAAUGGUUAACGGGGAAAUUAAUUUACAUUUCUAGCACUAGCCCUUUGAGAGGUUUGGGUUGUGCGUGUGGAGAAAUACUUCUGUUGUAAUGAAUUGUGUGUUGUCGAAAAAUACUCCUGUUGUGAUGAGUUACGGAACGUCACGUGAGGUAGAUAUUCAGCUUGCAUUUUAAGUGUAAUUAAAAGAAAAGACGAAAA